AUGGACCUCCUGUGGAACGAUGACCCUGAGGAGCUGCUCCUCGAGCUGGGCUUUGGCUGUGAUGAGCCAGAUCUCUCUGGUCGGAUCCCUGCACGCUUCAUUAACUACCAGUCUCAGGCCCGAGGAAUCAACCUCAAUGUGUUCUUAGAGGCCCAAAAGAGCCGCAUUGACCUGGAAAACCCAGACGUCAGCAACCGCUUCAGGCAGGUGGAGGUUCUGCAGCAGGUGUCCGUGGCCUUCUCCUCCCUGGCCGGGCCCCACAAAGGCCCCUACUCCAGAGACAUGUCCCCUGAGGCACGGGAGAGGCGCAGGCGGAUGGGCAUGCUGUUCCGGAGGGCCUCCAAAAAGUCCCUGAGCCAGCUCCCCGGCCCCAUCCCUCAGGAGCUAACUGUGGCUACCGCUAUGACCAUGCCCGGUGUCCUCCCCAAAGCCCUGGAGCCCACAUACAGCCCUGAAGACAGGAAGGUCCCCUUCAAAAGGGUCAAACUGCAGGACACACUGAGCCUGAGUCCCUUUGUGGAGGAGGAGGGGGAGGAGGCAGAGGCCCAGGGAGACACCACCUCCACUGGGUACACUCCAGAGGGAGAGCCCAGGACGAUCCGAGAGCGGUUCUUGGACAGAGUUCUGCAGAGGAAGAGGAGUUUGCAGAUGAGGGAGUCCUUUGAGAUGGAAGAGCUGGGCAGCUUUGAUGAGAGCAGCGCCGUGGGACAGGACCCAGCAGGGACACACUUUGCAAGGGGUCUGAUCCGGGUCAACAGCUGCCAGUCGGACAGCAGUGGGUUCCUGGAGGACCCUCUGAUCCCAGCCCUGCCCCAGGACACCUCCCCAGCACCGGAUUUGCUCAAGGCUCUCUCUGCUCUGUCUGGAGGAAGCACCGACAGUCACCCUGGAGACAUGCCCACACAGACCUCCCUCUGUUCCCCCACAGCCUCAGACCACAUGCCUGACCUUCUUCCUGGACCUGGGUCUCCAGAGGCUUCAGACCAACUGCAGGUCCCAACAUCGACCUUGGAUUCUGAUUCUGCUUCAAAGCUCCAGACCAGCCAACAGGUUCCUCAUGGGAAUGAACAAGAUGUCUACCUUGAGACAGAUAUUGAAUGGCAGGAAGAAUCUCAAGACAUAGUCAUUGUAGAAAGGGAAGAAGAAAGUUUUCAUAAGGAUUCUGAUAAUGAAAAGAAUGUUGUUGAAGAUGUUCUUGGUCCUGAAGAAUUGUGUCCAAAAGUGUCAGAGCUGAUCGAGGUUGAGAGCUUGGAUGAUGUCUUUGAAACAUCAGUGGACAGUUCCGAAGUAGACUCUGGAGAUGUUGAGACGUUCUUUGAGGAGCUAGAUUCUUUUGGACAGGUGUACUGGGCGGAACCUGUCCAGGUUGUAGACUUAAGCCCUCUGUCUGAAAGCCUAGAGGAUCUAGACACCAUUGAAGAAUUGGCUAGAGAGCCCAAUCUUGAUUUUCUGCCUUCAGCUCGUAAAUCUUCAUUGCCAAAUGACAGGACCUUCAGAGAUUCCAUCAAGUCUAACAUUGAAGAUAAGUCCUCUUCAAUGCCCCUCAUAGACUUGGAGGACAAGUCAUCCAAGCGUUCUAUCUCCAUCCAGAUGCUGUCCUCGUCCUCUUCUCACAUUGUCCACAGAAAGGACAUUCCUUACGUGGACAAUCCCAAACAUGCAGCCCUCCCAAGAAGGUUCAAAUUGGAUACCACCAACGCUUUCCGGGCAGUGCAGUCGUGGACAGAUCUGCACAUACAAUACAAACCAAAUGUCAUGAAGUUCAGGCAAGUGUCCACCAGCGCUGGGGCUAGUCUGAACAGGCCCUCUGAGUCCUACUGGCCCUCCCAUCCAGUGAGAGCUCACGAGUGGCAGUCGGACGAUUGUCUCCACAGAACCUCCAAGGAGGAGUCUAGGGGGUUUUCUAGGGAUAUGGGCAUGUGGACAGAGGGUGAGGAUGAGGAGGUGGACAGAGCUGGAGGACAGGGGAGAGGACAGACAUGCACCUCUGAGCACAAGUGUAACUGCAGAAAACAGGGCUGCCAACAGCAUAUGUUGUCUCAGAGGGAGCUGGAGGAGCUGCUUCUGCACCUGCACAGGUUCUGCUCUGUGCUGGGCCUCGUGGAGGAACAUCUGACAGAGGAGCAGACAGUGGUCUACAGCGCCCUCUCCCACCAGGACAGGGAGCGUGUGGCAGAGCUGUUGAGGCUCAGACAGGCGGUGAGGCAGGAGGCUCUAGAGCUAGAGAAGCAGCUGUGUGAUCUGGUGCACCAUGACGACCGCAGCCUCACUCAGAACAUGCUCCUGCUCCUGGAUGAGCAGUCUCACCUCUGCUCUCAGCUGCGGCUCUCGUCUUCAGGGCCUGAAGAGGCUCACAGGAGAACUGUGGCCACACAGUGCAGUCUGCAAAAUGGACCCCGACAACCCUACAGCGAGGCCCCUGGGUCCCUCCCUUUACAGCAGACCCCCUCUCACCUAGCCCUGGGCUGCGCUCCUGCUAAAAGUGACAAACUGCCCCUGGUGGGAUUUCUACACAGACUCACACACUCAAUUCGACAUUAACAACUGAAGGACGAUGAGCUGAUGGGACGUCUACGGACACAGAUGUACAAGACAUUACACAAGACUAUACUUUUGAUAUAUACAUGUAACUGUAUAACUCAGUUGGAGUACUGUGAUAUCUCCCUGUGGCUCAAGACUCUGGAGGAGAAGAGGAGGAGCUGAGAGA